ACAAAAAUGCCACUUUCUUGCGUCAGCGGUCCAUCUCUCCCCAUCUACUCGUAAGGAAAGAAAACCCGCGCUCUACAGCCGAGUUCGCGACUCACUCCAACCGAGUCAACUCGAUAAUCUAGACCUAAUUCUCAGCAGUUCAGUCGUUUUGUUUGCCAUAGGCGUCAUUUCGCAGCUUUCUUCCUCUGCAAUUCAAAUUCGAGCUCUAUACACGAUCCGAGACGGAUCGGAAUUGGGAUCGCCUUCUCCAUGAAACCUCUUGUUCUAGGGUUUCUCUUGAAUCUUCUUAUUCUAUGUUGCCAUGCGGAUCCGGAUCGACACUGCUCCAAUUCGAGUUCCUUCGUCGGAUUCGAAGCCGAGUUCACCAUGGUUCAGCACCAAUUGCGCGGUCUUCUCACCGUCGUCGACGAUUGCUCCUUUAGGUUAUCUAAAUUCGAUAUGAUAUCGGGAAACAACGUGCAUUGGUGGGGUGCCAACGCCACCGAUUUCGGUAAUCUCACCCGCGGGUUCAUCGUGUCCGAUCACAUACUCAACCAGACUUACAAAAACGAGACCUUUGUUGUACGUUUGCAGAAAAACAUAACGUGGGACCAGAUCGGGGUUCUCUCCGUGUGGGACUUGACCGGUGCAUCUGAUUUUGGCCAUGUUGUCCUCGGAAACAACAACGACUCAUCCUCGGCUCCAGACUUGGCAUCAUCGCCAUCUAGCGAGGCCCAUUUGCGGAAUUCAACAGUUCCUACGAUGUUUGAGAACUGUAAAGUGUUGUCUAAGGAUUAUCGAGUUCGAUGGACUUUGAAUGUGGAGGAUGGUCUUAUUGAUAUAGGGUUAGAGGCGGCAACAGGAAUCAUCAGUUAUUUGGCGUUUGGGUGGGCAGACCAGAAGUCAGAUUCGGAGCCAAUGAUUGGCGGUGAUGUGGCUGUCACCGGGUUCACAGAAGAGGGAUUGCCGUUUGCAGAUGAUUUUUACAUUACAGAAUAUAGUGAAUGCACCAUUAACAAGGAUGGCUCUGCUCAUGGGGUUUGCCCUGAUACUAUAUAUGAGGGAUCUGACCCUGUUGGGUUGGUGAACAAUACCAGAUUGAUUUAUGGGCAUAGGAAGGAUGGUGUUUCCUUUAUUAGAUACAGGCGACCUUUGGUCUCAGUUGACAAGAAGUAUGAUUUAUCGAUAGAUUCUAGGGCCAGUGCGACAGUGAUUUGGGCACUGGGGUUGAUGAGGCCACCUGAUACCCUGAGGCCUUACUAUCUGCCUCAAAAUCAUGGAGGGCCGAGACAAGUGACUUAUGGCCAUUUAAAACUUAAUGUAUCAGAGAGGGUUGAUGAUUGUUUAGGGCCUUUGGAUGCAGAGGAUAAGGAAGAUCAGGAUUUGAUUAUUGCUGAUGCAAAAGUGCCGCUUGCAAUAACAACAUCUCUGGCAUUGCAUUACCCCAAUCCUCCAAAUCCUUCAAAGGUUCUGUACAUCAACAAGAAGGAAGCACCUGUCUUGAGAGUUGAAAGAGGGGUGCCAGUGAAGUUCUCAAUACAGGCAGGGCAUGAUGUUGCAUUUUACAUUACUUCAGAUUUGCUUGGUGGGAAUGCGACACUGAGGAAUAAGACUGAGACAAUCUAUGCUGGAGGGCCAGAAGCUGAAGGAGUUCCAGCCAGUCCAACAGAAUUGACCUGGGCACCAGAUAGGAAUACUCCGGAUCAAGUUUUCUAUCACUCCUUGUAUCAGCAGAAAAUGGGUUGGAGGGUCCAGGUGGUUGAUGGAGGUUUGUCGGAUAUGUAUAAUAGCAGUGUUAUUUUGGAUGAUCAACAAGUUACAUUGUUUUGGACUUUGUCAGAGGAUUCAAUAUCUAUAGCAGCUCGUGGUGAGAAGAAGAGUGGUUAUCUUGCAAUAGGAUUUGGUAGUGCAAUGGUGAAUAGCUAUGCUUACGUGGGUUGGAUUGGCGAUGAUGGUAGAGGGCAUGUGAACACAUAUUGGAUUGAUGGAAAGCAUGCCUCAAAUGUGCAUCCAACAAAUGAGAAUCUGACUUAUGUAAGGUGCAAGUCGGAGAAUGACAUCAUUACUUUGGAGUUUACUCGUCCCUUGAAACCACCUUGCAAGGGUGAUGAGCCAGAGUGUAAAAAUAUUGUUGAUUCCACGACUCCUUUAAAGGUCAUAUGGGCUAUGGGUUCUAGAUGGACAGACAAACACCUGACUGAGAGAAAUAUGCAUUCCGUGACUAGUCAAAGGCCUGUGAGAGUGUUGCUCAUGCGUGGCUCUGCAGAGGCAGAGCAAGAUUUACGGCCAGUAUUGGCUGUGCAUGGGUUCAUGAUGUUCCUUGCUUGGGGUAUUUUACUUCCGGGUGGAAUAUUGGCGGCUAGGUACUUAAAGCAUGUGAAGGGCGACGGAUGGUACCAGUUUCAUGUUUACUUACAGUACUCUGGUUUAGCAAUUGUCCUACUUGGCCUUCUUUUUGCAGUGGCUGAGCUUCGGGGUUUCUAUGUGAGCUCAUUACAUGUAAAGUUUGGGAUUGCUGCUAUCUUUUUGGCUUGUGUGCAACCAGUGAAUGCAUCUUUAAGGCCAAAAAAGCCUGCAAAUGGGGAAGAACCUUCCUCAAAAAGGCUUCUAUGGGAGUAUUUCCAUUUUAUUGUGGGAAGAGGUGCCAUUGUUGCAGGAGUUGUGGCACUCUUUACUGGAAUGAAGCAUUUAGGAGAGAGAUAUGGGGGUGAAAAUAUUCAUGGACUUGAUUGGGCAUUGGCAGUCUGGUUUCUGAUUGGUGCAUUGAUAGUCAUGUACUUAGAAUACAGCGAGAGACAGCGAAGAAGGGAUAGAAUAUUUGGCAGAAGCAACUGGGUAUUGGGUAACCCUGAGGAAGAGGAUUCUGUGGAUCUAUUAAGCCGGACAAGGGCUUUCGCACAAAAGGAGUCAGAAGCAUCCAGAAGGAUGGAGCUUCAGUUAGAGCCUUUAAGCAGAUAGAGAUGUUUGGACAAUAUUUUGAUAUACAUUUUUAAAUGCUCUCAAACUUUUGAAGAUCUCCUUGUACAGCGGAUGCCAGGUCUGUUCAUUGGCUUGAAGAUUUUCCCUGCUGUAAGGAGGACUUAGUAAUUGUAUUUGCCUCUGCCAUUUAUAUCUUGAAAGAGUAUUACUAAUCACCUUAACACAUGUAUUUUUGUGUACUCAAUACCUUUUUAAUAUAGUAGAAGGUUCGAACAAAAACUGAGUUUGUAUGCUAUGUCGAACAGCUUAUACAGUAUCUUUAAGUUCCAUGAAGUA